AUGGAGAUGGCAAAAUCAUUUAAAGCUGCAAUCAAUAGAACGUUCAGUGACAAAGGUGGAGUUUUUUGGGAGAAGGUGAACGACCAGCAACUGCGAUCCUUCCUAAUGGGUAUGAUGCGAGAGUUUGCUUCCAACGAUUCAAGCAAACAAGUUAUUGGGAGUUUGAUCAUUGGUCGCCAACCGAAUCCCCGAAGAGUGGACAAUUUUGGCGAAUUUGUUGAUGCAGAUGUUACCGAUGGUGAAUUCAAAGAUGACUAUGAUAACGCCGUUUAUAUAUUGAACGAGAAUGUUCAGGUAAUAUAUGUGGACGGCAAUUUCUUGCGAAUAUUCAAUUUUGAAAAAAGAGUAUAGUGUACUGUAUGUAUUGCAUACCUGCUGCAUAUUUCACUGUAUAAAAAAAAUUACGAAUAAUUUUUCAGCUCCAUGCACUGUUACUGAGAUACAUUACAAUGCAUGAGCAUCUACGUAAGAAGUUGUUGAAAAGUUUGCUUUAUAAAGACCACGUUUUUUGCUUACAGAUGAACAAGGAUGGGGUAAUUCCAAAGGACAAUUGGACGCACAGAUGGAUGGUGCCUUUUCUUAACGCUAUGUCGUCGGUGGACAGGACUAUUAUCCCAUUUCUUAAAGCUAACCCGGUUCCAAUAGAAAUUCCGUUACGUAUAUUCAAUUGGGAAUCAUUUAUUUCGCAUGCGAAGACCUUCUUCAAAACGAAUUUCAUGCAAUUUAUUAUGUUACUGUGCGGUGGUAUUGGUCUAUUCCAUUACCAAAAAAUCAUCAAGUUGGAAUGUAAGUGCCUUUUCAAAUGUUUAUCGUAAUUGUGGUCAACUGACAUUUGCAAAAUAAUGAUUACUUAAGAACACGCAAGUCUAGCCAAGCCCAAGCUGCAAUGGUUAAGACGUUCUGACUUCUGAGCUAACAACUGGAGUGUGGUCAACAUGAAAUUGGGAGUUUGUGGCUUUGUCAAACAAAACCAAGUUGUUCAAGUUGUCACGAACUUUUUCUUUAUGUCACAACUUUACUUUUAGGGUUAGGAUUUCAAUUUUCGAAAUAGUUUAGGGGGAGAAACGCAGAAUUUAAAAUUAAAUUGCCAACAUUCCAGAAUUUAAAAAGCCAACAUUCCAAUUUAUAUAUACAGCUAUUUCAAUUAAGGUUGUCCCCCGAGCAAAGCGGAAAAGUCGAAUACGAGCCCGAAAGGCUGCUGAGAAUCGCUAAUAAAUUCAUUCAUUUAUUAGCGAUUCCCUGCAGGCUUUCGCGCUUGUAUUCGACUUUUCCGCCGCUUUGCUCGGGGGACAACCUUAAUUGAAAUAGCUGUAUAUCUUCCAUAAGACCAUGCAUACAGUAGAAAUUAAAUUGAAAGUUGAAACUAAAUUGCUUACUUAGUGCGUCCUGAUUCUUGUAAAAUUUCCGGACAAUGGCAAUGAAUAUUGAAUAUUAUGCAUGCAAUGUUAAUAUAUGUAUUACUGUAUUCUUAGCUUUAGAAUCAUGCCCAGUACCUGUAGGCAUCGGUGCACCAUCCUGUGGAAAAUCGACAGCUAUGCGCCUUGUGAGAAAGUUGAUGGGUAUGCACAUUGUGUCCCAGUCAUCUGGUGAAUUUGUUGUUUCGAAUUUGACCGUUACAACUAUUCCUGUUUGCUGGGAUGACCCAACAUAUGCCACCUGUGUUCGCCAGCCAUUAAUGUCAGUUUUCAAUGGUCUCGGCAACCAAACACAAGCACGAGGAGAUGAGAAACCGAAAACGUCGUUUCUGUUAACAGUGAACUUUACAUUGGACGAUGACCUAAGGUAUUGAUAUGAUGCCUUAUUAAUUCCAUUCUUAGGCUUAGCUGUUCACUAUAAACUAGAUUUCAGACUCAGUGAACUGAUAAGAAUAAAAUGCGACAUAGUGUUGUUAUUUGACGCCAUGAAUCCUUUAUAACAAAGCAUUUGUGUUCAUAUGUAAUGAGAUACGAAAAUAAUAACUUCAUUUACAUUAAAGAGCUGUUUAAAAAUGUAGAGCAAGUGCUAAUCUUUACAAUUUCAGUUGUGGGAGAACAGUAUACAAAAAGAAAAUACACAGUAUUUUCCCUCACAAAUUAUAGUAAUUUUCUUCUUGCAUCUCAAAAUGCCUGUCGAAUUUGAUAUAUUUACUCUACGGACCAGAAAUUUUGCUUGUCUACAUAAUUUCCGAUUAGCCAUCAGGUUAUUAACCAUGAAAGCUUGGUAGCCAUGCAGUCAAUGAAUCAAUGUAAUUCAUUUUCUUUAUAGUCAAUUAUGUUUAUUCUUCUUUAAAUCUGAUAUAUAGAUCAUUCGAAAGGACGACGCCUAUCUACUUCCAGAAACUGGUGAUGGACGGCACGGAGGUUGCUUUAGAUUUCCUCACCGCUAAAACAGACAUCUUCGCCUUGGCAUCCACUCAUGCGCUACCAGAUAUAAUACGGAUGAGUCAGUGCAUUAAUUCUGCUAACCUCGCCAAACAUAUGGAUUAUUUUAGGAAUCAACUGACAGGGAUGUCUCCAAGGCUACCUGAAAUAUACUCACUUUAUCGGCUGUUCGCACACGAG